AUGACAGAAUUUGAGAUGAGUGAUUUGGGUCUUCUCUCCUACUACUUGGGGAUCGAAGUGGAGCAACAGAAGAGCAGAAUUUUACUUAGGCAAUCAGCUUAUGCCAAGAAAAUUCUAUCUCAGUUCAAGAUGACAGACUGCAAUUCCACAAAGCAUCCAAUGGAACCCAAGACACAGUUGCAUAAAGACUUGGAAGGGACUCCAGUUGACGCCACAGAGUAUCGGCGCAUCAUUGGUUGUUUGGGAUAUCUGUUACACACACGGUCGGACCUGUCAUAUUCUGUCAGAAUGGCGAGCAGAUAUAUGGAGAGGCCUACAAUCAUGCAUCACAAGGUGGUCAAACAAAUUCUCAGGUAUUUGAAAGGUACAAUAUAUUUUGGCCUUGUUUAUAUAAAGGGACCCCCGGAAAUUGGUAUCUUCGGCUACUCGGACAGUGAUUUAGCCGGCGAUCUCGAUGGGAGGAAAAGCACAAGUGGAAUGACUUUCUAUUUUAACAAAAGUUUGGUAUCCUGGAAUUCACAGAAGCAGAAGACAGUAGCGCUUUCAUCUUGUGAGGCAGAGUUCAUGGCAGCCACAACUGCAGCCUACCAUGCUUUGUGGUUGAGGAGCCUUGCAAGCGAAUUAACAGAAGUAAAGCCAAAACCGGGACAGAUUGUGGUUGAAUUCGUUAAUACUGGAGAACAGCGAGCCGAUGUAUUAACUAAAGCAUUGCCAGGAGUGAAGUUAGCUGCCAUGCAACAACUACUCGGUGUUCGUGACUUAGAACCAUGUCAGGAUUAG